UAUACUCUCAGUCUGACCCACUUGGAGUUCCCUUAUUACGAGCUGUCAGAUUAUUUACAGCCAAAAGUAGCUGUUGAAGGACCUUGAGGUUUGUUUUGAUUUCCUGUGCAAAUGUUCGUCACCCCCUGAUCUUGUUUGUACAAUGAAGGAGAGGCUCUGGGUUGUUCAGGUGUGGCACGAUCUCCUAAUGCCGUCUUCUCCAAUAUAACCCACCUGGCACGUCUGCUUUGACCCCCACCGUCCUCAUGGCCUCCAGUUACGCUACACAGUUGGACGGCUCGGCUGAGGUGAAGGAGGGCUUCCUUUGCCCGCUGUGCCUGAAAGAUCUACAGUCCUUCUAUCAGCUACAGGAUCACUAUGAAGAAGCGCACUCCGAAGACAACCGCCACGUCAGUGGCCAACUCAGGAGCCUGGUGCAGAAAGCAAAGAAAGCCAAAGACAAACUGCUGAAACGGGAUGGAGAUGAGAGGAAUGAGGGCAGCUAUGAGUCCUUUUACUAUGGAGGCGUGGAUCCCUACAUGUGGGAGCCGCAAGAGCUGGGAGCCACUCGGAGUCACUUGGAACUUUUUAAGAAACACCGAGCUGCUCGGAUUGACCAUUAUGUCAUCGAAGUCAACAAGCGCAUCAUCAGGCUGGAAAAGCUUAUUUCCUUUGAUAGAACCAAUAUGGAUGGUGGGAAGAUAAGAGCAAUGGAGAAGUCACUUGUGCCAUGGGUGAACGAUCAGGAUGUACCAUUCUGCCCUGAUUGCGGGGACAAGUUCAACAUCAGGAACCGGCGUCAUCAUUGCCGGCUCUGUGGUUCCAUCAUGUGCAAAAAGUGCAUGGAAUUUGUGCCUCUUUCUCUGGCGUAUAAGUUAACGAGCAGCACACGAGAGGCCCUGUGCGUGCCUGGCAGUCCCAGGCAGGGUGCAUCCCCUGGUGGAGGAGGCCCCACGGUGCAGCAGACCUCACGGCGCGGCUCCAUCACCAGCCUCUCCUCUGUGAGCUCCGUGCUGGAGGAGAAAGACGAGGACCGGAUUCGUUGCUGCCGUCACUGCAUGGACGCUCUGCUGCGUCACCAGCACAAACUGGAGGAGAAAGACCAUGUGCCAGACAUCGUCAAACUCUACGAGAGGUUGAGGAUGUGCAUGGAGAAAGUGGACGAGAAGGCGCCGGAGUACAUCCGCAUGGCCGAGUCGCUGAAUGCUGGUGAGACCACCUAUAAUCUAGAAACUGCUGCUGGCCUCCGGCUGGAGGUGCAGAAAUACUAUGAGCACGUCGAUGCUCUAAGUAAGAAAAUUCUAACACUUGGACUAAAAAAUGAGGUGCCACCCCAUUCAAAAGCUGUCCAGCUACAGAAGAUGGUGCGCUAUUCAGCCACGCUGUUUGUGCAGGAGAAGUUGUUGGGCCUGAUGUCUCUUCCUACGAAAGAGAAAUAUGAGGAGCUGAAAGAGAAAAGAAAAGAGGAACAGGAAAAGAAGCUCCAGCAGGAGAGACAGGCGGCCCUGGAAGCACAAAAGCGUCGACUGGAAAUAGAGAAGAACCGUGCAGCCCACAGUACCAACGGAGACGCCCUUCGGCCCGCACCAGGCCCUCGCGUGACUAAAGGCGGCGGUUGGUUGCCUUCUUCAACUUCUCGCUCAACCAGCGAACUGGAUGACCCGCUCCUGCAGCAGAUUAACAACAUCGAGUCGUUCCUCCAGCAGGCACGAGCAGCAAAUCGCACCGAUGAAACAGCCAUGCUGGAGGAGAACCUGCGACAGCUUCAGGAAGAAUUUGACGCUCAGCAGAUAAGCCGAGCCAUCGAGAUCUCGCAACGUCAAGCCCAAGAGGAGGACCUACAAAGAAGCCAGAUCCUUCAUCUCCAGCAGAGGGAGCUGGAGAGCAAAAUGUACAGAAUGGACUCCUUGGAUUUGGCGGAUUCAAAGAAUGUCCAAGAACACUGGGAGAAAGAAAGUGAGAGUGGACAGGAUUUGGAAACAAGUCCACAACACAAGACUUUGUCAAUAAACUCAUUUCCACGUUUGCCAGGCAAUUCUCCACCUUUACAGCAAGAUGAAUACACUACAACUCCCCCUGGUGGAGAGGCUUCGCUAAAUCCGUUCGAUGAAGAUGCCACGCCGAUUGAGGAAGACUCCACAAACCCUUUCUGUGAAGAGAUCCAGAGAGAGCAGCAGCAAAAAGCUGUUGGAAAACCUAAAGAAUACAACCCUUUUGAGGAAGGUGAGGACGAGGAGCAGGAAGUAGAUGCUGGGAAGAAAAAUUCUUCCAGAAACCCCUUUGAAGAUGAUCUUGAAGAUGACAAGGGUAACCCCUUCAAAGAGACAGCAGGCGAGACGCCAUCCAUUUCAACCAAUCCCUUUGAAGACGAUGAUGACAGUCCGGCACUGGACGACAUCAUUGAAGAAGAGCUGUUGCUUCAGCAGAUUGAUAACAUCCGCGCGUACAUAUUUGAUGCUAAGCUCAGCGGACGCACAGAUGAAGUGGAGCUGCUGUCCCAAAACCUGAGGGAGCUUCAGUGCACUUUACAGGAGCAGAAGAGGAAAGUGCACUGACCAUGGUCGAUUUGUGUCCCUGUUUUUCUGCCGUUGGGAUCAGGACACUGGAAGUAAAGCGACAUUUUACGUGUGGGAUGAUUUGCCAUUUGUUUCAGUCACUAGUACUGGCUCUUGGCGUGCAUCUACAACUGCAACUGACAUCUAAAGUUGGAUAAAACCAAGACAUUUAUACACAGUUUCUAAUGUUACUCAUAAAUGAACAAAUCAUUUUGGUCUCUGUUAUAUUAUAACCAAGCUAAUGUCUUUAGAGAUGUUUAUUUUAGGUCUGUUAGGCCUCAUUUAUCAAUCUCUAACUGAAGUUUGAGUAGGUGUUGUCCUAGACCAAACCGAGCUAAAAAUACUGUUAGAUUUACAACACUUUUGGUAAUGCUAAUUUUCUUCAUAGUAAUGUGCGCAUAUUGAUAAAUGCUAUUCACCUCUAAGUUACCAGAUCUGUUCACAGAACACAUGAUUUACACUUGGUGACACCCCUCCCCCCAAAAAACUAAAGGCAAAGCUCACAGGUUGCUGAAAACGACGAAAGGAUGACUAAACAGCAAGAGCUCCUAAGAGCAGAGUAAGCUAAAUCUACCAAUAAUGCAGCUCAGCCACUGCAGUGCACGUAUUAAGGCCUGUUGUAUACUCCGCACAUGCAAUGGCACACAGGGUGUUCCUGGACUACUCAUGUACUAUGUGUAUGUCCAAAAUAUGUACAGUGACACAUUGUUCCACACUUUAGCAAUAUAGCUGGUAUACAGUACUGGUUAAAAGUUUAGACACACCUUAGAAGUCAAGCCAAGAAGCAUUUGUUUGUUACAUGUACACUCAAGCACAGACUUAAAGGGGAACUGAAGUCAUUUUAAAACUUGCUUUAUUUCUUAACGUGUUUAUUCAGUUACAUUUUCGGUUUCAGUAACCUUAUAUCGUGACUCGUAUUGGCAACUAAUUGCAAUUAAAUAUUAUACUUAUCGGCGUGUUCGGUUUUUAGCCAUGUUGAAUUUAGUUCAUUUGGUCCACGGCAGGCGUCGCUUAUCCGCGCGAUCUUCAUGAGACUUGUGUGAAACUUCGAAACAUGAAGUGUCAGCGCUGCCAUUUUGAAAACUGUUUUCCCAACAAAAUAUUGCACAAAAACGAGUUUAAACAACAAUUACUGCCUACUUUUUUUCAAACUUUCCUGAUUGCUAACAAAACGAACAAAACUAUCGGUUUGAUUGCAUCAGCAUUCGAAAGAGGGCGCGCGCGUCUUUUGACAACGUUGGCAGAUGUUGUUCACUUUGAUUUCCGCUAUACGUUUUACUUCCGUCCUACGAUGUCUCGCACAGGUCUCAACGAAUCUCGUUUAUGGCCAUUGCUUUGACAUAUGGACUGAUAUCUUAUCAUCUCUAGCCGCUUUAUCCUUCUACAGGGUCGCAGGCAAGCUGGAGCCUAUCCCAGCUGACUACGGGCGAAAGGCGGGGUACACCCUGGACAAGUCGCCAGGUCAUCACAGGGCCGACACAUAGACACAGACAACCAUUCACACUCACAUUCACACCUACGGUCAAUUUAGAGUCACCAGUUAACCUAACUUGCAUGUCUUUGGACUGUGGGGGAAACCGGAGCACCCGGAGGAAACCCACGCGGACACGGGGAGAACAUGCAAACUCCACACAGAAAGGCCCUCGCCGGCCCCGGGGCUUGAACCCAGGACCUUCUUGCUGUGAGGCGACAGCGCUAACCACUACACCACUGUGCCGCCUGGACUGAUAUAUUACAGAGCAUAUUUCAAACACUCAUAACCUGCUAUAGCACUGACAAAAUAGCUAUCAAAAAUGCAUUCCGAUAUUUAAUAAAAUGAGAGAAAUUGAUAAAUUUGCCUUCAGUUCUUUAAGCACACAAUGAAACAACCUCUGCAUUUAACCCAUCUGAAGCAAUGAGCGCGUGCGCACACACCCAGAGCAGUGGGCAGCUAUGUUAUAGCGCCUGGGGAUCAGCUGUGGGUUAGGUGCCCUUGCUCAAGGGCACUUCAGCCCAACCACAGGCCAUGGCUGCCCUAUGUUAACCUAACUGCAUGUCUUUGAACUGUGGGAGAAACCCACACAAACACGAGAACAUGCAAACUCCAUACAGAAAGGCCCCCGUCGGCCACUGGGCUUGAACCCAGAACCUUCUUGCUCUGUGCUAACCACUACACCACCGUGCCACCCUCAAAAACCUACUCCGUUCUGCAUUUUGAGUAUUUUGAGAAGCCAUAAAAACUAUGAAAUAAGUAGCCAGCGUUUACCUUCAUGACGCUUUGCACACUAUUGGCGUUAUCUUAACCAGCUUCAUGAGGUAGACACCUGGAAUGCUUUUCAAUUAACAGAUGUGCCUCGUCAAAAGUUAAUUAGUGCAAUUUCCUGCCGCCUUAAUGUGUUUUGAGAUCAAAUAGCAAAUAAUAAAGAUGUAGUAAAUGGCCUUAUUCGACACAACCGUAAUAAUCCAUAUUAUAUCAAGAACCGCUCAACUCGGUAAAGAGAAACGACAUCUAUCAUUACUUUAAGACAUGAAGCGUCUUAAUUCACUUAAUUAGAAGGUGUGUCCAAACUUUUGACUGGUACUGUAUGUGAACAUUAAUCCCAGGAGCAUCAGAAUUGUAGAAGAAUGCAUUUCUGUAAAUAGGAGCCAUUUUAAAUCUCCGUUCUGCUGCCACCUUUAUGUUGGUGCCCUGUUGCAGAUCAGCUUAUGGCUCCACAACAUGUGUAAGGUAUGUUGUGUACUUGCAGACGCAUUUGCGUACUCCGGUAAAGUAUGUAACAGGCUUAACUCCUCCUUUUACAGGACUUUUAUCUGAAUUGAAGAGCUAGUCUAAUUUGUCUUAAAUCCAAAACAAAUCCAUAAAUUAUGUCAAAUUAUGUCAGUGAAAUGACCAAGUUUCACAAAACUGUCAUUAAAUUAGUGUGGAUUUGAACUAAAUAAGCAGUUUUUACCAGUGUAAUUCCUGUAUAAAAUUAUGCAAUUUAAAGCCCACAGGAUACAAACCUUUUCCUGAAUGACCUAGAUGUUCAUGAAUUUUUCGCAAGUGCUCCUGCAAAAGACUUCACAGGCACUUUAAGUGUAAUGAGUCUCAUUUAUCAUGUGAGCCAAACCAACAAAUCUAUUUUCUAACACACACAAUGUUCACCACGAGGAAAGUUAAGACUGAUAUCAGGUUUCCUCAUGAUAUAUAUUGUCUAAGUAAUAUAUUUAAUGGAAACUCAAUGACUUUCCAAUAUUCUCGUCAUAACACUAUCAUCAUGAUGUCAGAAAUGUUGCUUUGUUCAAGGGCUGCACAACAUGUCCAGAAUACCAUCAUGAUUCUCGUGAUUCAUCCAAUCACAAAAACGCUCAUGUAGAACACGUGAUCAUCGGUCAAGAUUUAUUUAUUGAUCCAUUGUCUCAUUUGUACGGCGGUGCAUUGCUGCUACACAGGGAGUUGAUGUAGUUUUGAAAGAGAAAUGUUGUCCCAUUCUUGCCUGAAAAACAAUUUCAGUUGCUCAACAGUUUAUGGUCUCAUUUGUCGUAUUUUGCGCUUCAUAAUGCGCCAAAUGGGAGACAGGUCUGGAUUGCAGGCAGGCCAGUUUAGCACCUGGACUCUUUUUUUUUUUUUUUUUUUUUUACUACAGAGCCAUGUGGUUUGGCAUUGUCUUACUGAAAGAAGGAAGGCCUUCUCUGAAAGAGAGUUUGUCUGGAUGGCAGCAUAUUGCUUUGAAACAUGCAUACAUCAUUCAGCAUUAAUGAUGCCUUCCCAGAUGUACAAAAAUCUCAUUUUUUGAAGAAAAAUCUCAUCAGCAUCUCAUUAUGAAAAAAAUCUUAUUACAGGAAAACAUUUGUCAACUGCGCCAGUUAUCAGAAACUAUCCAUAGAGACUAUGUUGUAAAAAGAUUUGUUUUAAUAAAAUAUCUUAUAGCAAGAUGUUUUCUUGUAAUAAGAUAUUUCCUCAUAAUGUUUUUUUUUUCUUAACUAGAUUUUGAAUAGUAAAAAGAAGCUCCCCCUCACAGUAAUGAUACAUUUCUCAUAAUAAGAAGACACUGAUGGAUAUUUUUUUUUUUGUAUUUCAGUAUGAAAUUAGUUUUGUUGCAAAUGUCAGUAGCCAUUUCCUCCCAAGGAAAUCUGUACGACUUGAAUUAGAGAGGGUUAAUCAAUAGUAGUUGUGUAAACUAUAAUAUUACAAACAUCUUAUUUCAAGAUCUACUGUAUGUGCCUGCUUUUUCCUUGAAGAAUGUCAUUCGAAUGCAAAGAACCCCUUCAUGUCUGGUGUAACUGCUUGCAGAUCUUGUGUCCAGCAGUCAUGGGAAUGUGCUCCACUGGUUUAAGACUUUUUUGAUCUCAAGUCGUUUGCUGAAAUGAGCAGAAAUUUAGUUUUAUUUUCAAAAAGCAUUUUCACGUUUCAAUGUUGAAGCUUGUCAGCCGAAGUAGUGACCUUCGCGUAUUAUUUGAGUAAUGCAACUAACUGUUGUGUUGAAUGUUUUAGUAGCUUUGUAAUAGCUUUUUGACAUAUGUUCUAUGCUGCACAAUUCUCCAGUCUCUUCUUCAAUGCCAGUGUUGGAUGCGUGUUUAAAUAUUUUAAUCUGCUCUUUCGUUACAAAAUGGAUAUGCUGUCUAACACUAAACCAGUUCUGCACUGAUAGGUCCAUCUUAUACACUUGAGGAGAGAAUCACAAUACAAAAGGUCCUUUGACUGUUUCAAAGGACUGUUUUAUUUAUCAUGAAUAGGCAGUAUUUCAAGUUAACUGAUUGAGUACCACUUUAAAAAAAAACUGAAGUUGGCACCCCAUAUGAUGAGAACAUGAAAAAUACUUCAUUUAAUAAUAAUGUUUUAAUAAUCCAGCACCCUAUAAACACCCAUAUGACUCCAAAUACGUCUGAUUCACUUGUGCAUGCAAAAUUAACAAAUGUGCUUCAGUAAUAGGGUGCUGAGUGAUGUCAUGUGUCAAGAAAACGUUUAAUAACUUAAUCAUGAAGUGCAUAUGGUUUUGUGUACACAAACGAAUCAGACUUGUUUGGAGUCAGUUGGGUGGUUAUGGGGUGCUGGGUCAAUAAAACAUUUAAACGGCUGAUUUAGUGACCUUUGUUUUGCAUGCACAAACAAAUCAAAAUACUUUUAUUUACACUCAUGGGAUGCCAACUUCACAGAGGUCUAAAUAAAAAAAAUGUCUGCGCAGGGCGGAAUGCAGAAUGUUUGUUUUUUUGGAGAUUUCUUUAAUUAGUCGGCAUAAAUGAUGUGCUUGUGGCUAAUGUCAGUGGAAAGUCUGGUAGCAUUUGAAUAAUGAAGCUUGUUCACGUUCAGAAUGCAAAACACUGCACUAAUAAAACUGACCAAAUAAGAA